UUAGCUGAAGUCCUCUCUCUCCUGCAUGCAGUGGCACUGGCAGGCUUUAGGCUUCUGUUUCAAGAGGAAGCUCGGCUCACGUUCGGCUAGCGACGCUCCACGGCUGCCCCGUGCUCGUGCAGGGCAUCCACCGCUCUGAGAAAAGGGGGCAGGCAGAUGCGAGCACCUUUGUUCUCUUUUGCGGCAGACUGGAAACAGGGACAAGUCACUCAUCUGUUGGCAUCAAGCCUCUGUAUGCUUUGCGUUUGUACUCGUAUGCGUGUAUUAGUGAGUAUAUGUGUGUGUUAUUGUUAUGACACUAUGCCUGUAUGCUUUGUUAUGGGUCGGAUCGCAUGCUCCUAGGGGCCACCGCACGUUCCUCGGCUUCUUGGAUGUAGACCGGCAUCUGUCACGCAGAGAUGGGCCUGCCCACAGCAAUGACAUUCUCCCUGUCCCGAGAUGAGGUUUGAUUCCGGGCUCCUCGACAUGUAGGACUAUAGAUUCUGCAGUGACUGUCGUUUUGUUUGUGAGCGGCGUGAGUGUUGGUUUAUGUGACCCCUUUGUAUGUUUUCGUAAGGGAUAUAGUGUUCCCUGCUUCUCAGGAGAUCUGACUCCCACUCCUGGUCGUUACGGUGCCUCGUUUGGAUUACGGUGUUUUUGGAAACCUUGUUUUUUGGCUCAAUUUGGGGCCCCAUCAUUCACUGUGGAGGGCUUCAGCACAGCAUGAAGAAUCACCCAUGCGUUCUGUCGGGAUAUCCCAACAUGGCGGUCUACAGCAGUUUGGGCCCUCUGCUGGGAGCCUCAGCUAGACCCCUAAAGCAUCUGAGAUCUGACUCCUUGCCUCCUUCUCUUCCUCCAGAGGAGGCCUACCAGAAACUGGCCACAGAGACCCUAGAGGAGCUGGACUGGUGCCUCGACCAGCUUGAGACCCUCCAAACCAGGCAUUCGGUCAGCGAGAUGGCAUCCAACAAGUUCAAGAGGAUGUUGAAUAGAGAAUUGACUCACCUCUCUGAGAUGAGCCGAUCUGGUAACCAGGUGUCUGAGUUCAUCUCCAGUACAUUCUUAGACAAGCAACACGAGGUGGAAAUGCCAUCGCCCCAGUCCCAGAAAGACAAGGAGAAGAAGAAAAGGCCGAUGUCCCAGAUUAGUGGUGUAAAAAAGUUAACGCACAGUUCCAGCCUUACCAACUCUAACAUCCCUCGGUUUGGAGUCAAAACUGAAACAGAAGAUGAGCUGGCCAAGGAGCUUGAAGAUGUAAAUAAAUGGGGCCUUAAUGUCUUCAAAGUGUCAGAAUUUUCUGGGAACAGACCUUUAACGGUUAUGAUGUACACAAUAUUCCAGGAGAGGGACUUGUUAAAGACGUUUAAAAUUCCCCUCGACACGUUUAUCACCUAUCUGAUGACUUUAGAGGACCAUUACCAUGCUGACGUUGCCUAUCACAACAACAUCCACGCUGCUGAUGUCACACAGUCCACUCACGUCCUGUUAUCAACCCCUGCCCUUGAGGCUGUGUUUACAGACCUUGAAAUUCUCGCUGCCAUAUUUGCCAGUGCGAUACAUGAUGUUGACCAUCCUGGCGUCUCCAACCAGUUUCUCAUCAACACUAACUCUGAGCUGGCCCUCAUGUAUAAUGAUUCGUCUGUGUUGGAGAAUCAUCAUCUGGCUGUAGGUUUUAAACUGCUGCAGGAAGAGAACUGUGACAUCUUCCAGAACCUGACCAAGAAACAGAGACAGUCACUCCGCAAGAUGGUCAUUGACAUUGUUCUGGCCACAGACAUGUCUAAGCACAUGAAUUUGUUGGCGGAUCUGAAAACCAUGGUGGAGACCAAAAAGGUGACCAGUUCUGGGGUAUUACUGCUGGAUAACUACUCUGACAGGAUACAGGUCUUGCAGAACAUGGUGCACUGUGCAGACCUCAGUAACCCCACCAAGCCGCUGCAGUUGUACAAGCAGUGGACGGACCGCAUCAUGGAGGAGUUCUUCAGUCAGGGGGACAGAGAGCGGGAGCGCGGCAUGGAGAUCAGCCCCAUGUGUGACAAGCACAACGCUUCAGUCGAGAAGUCCCAGGUGGGCUUCAUCGAUUACAUUGUGCACCCACUGUGGGAGACGUGGGCAGACUUGGUGCACCCAGACGCCCAGGACAUCUUGGACACGCUGGAGGACAACAGGGAGUGGUACCAGAGCACCAUCCCCCAGAGCCCCUCUCCAGCGCUGGACACCAGCAGCGAUGGCCGACGCACCGCCGGCCAGGAUAAGUUCCAGUUUGAACUGACUCUGGAGGAGGACGGAGAAUCCGACACGGAGAAGGACAGCGGCAGCCCUCCUGAUGAAGAGGAGGAGGAGGAAGAGGAGGAAAACAGCUGCAGUGACUCUAAAACCCUUUGCACACAGGACUCGGAAUGUACAGAGAUCCCCCUGGACGAGCAGGUGGGGGACGCACAGGAGGACGAGGACGAGAACGAAGAGGACGAGCAGGAGGAGGAAAGGGAAAUAUCAGAACCCUGUGUUUUAGAGGAGGAAGAGGAGGAGGAGGAGGAAGAGGACACUGCCAACACAUAACACAGUAUGACACGGCACCUGAACUUUUUUAUAUUAGAGAGGAGAAACACUUAUUUAUGGUUAAGAUAUUAGUGUUUUUCAUUGUCUAUUUUGCAUACGUCGUUCAGAAGUGCUUUUUAAAUGUCCGCCUUUAACCUGUUUUUUUAUUUUUCAUUCCUCACUCUUUGAGUUUUAGCCAUUUUUACACUCAGGAAUAUCUUUUCUACUUCCACCUGUCAUUCAUACAGACAAACUAAACAAAUGAAAGGUUAAAAAGCUCGACUUGUAUUCCUGAUUGUGAGGUACUUUAUCUAUUCUUUAUUUUUUUGACAAACAGUAUUUCAGAAACAUUUAACUCAGAAAGCAGCUGUUUUUCACCAACGAGACACUAUUUGUUCCUGUUUAUCUGAAGGAAAGUGGCAACUCGAAGUAUUUUAGCAGACAAACACUUUAGAAGUGAAUACUCCAUGCUUUGAACUUCACGUCUUCCUGAUGCCUUGAAUGUGUUAUUGAUCUGGAUUUAGCUGUCUGUUGUGUUUGUGUAUCAGUCAUUAUUUGAAGUCAAUGAACAUGGUACCAAAGUGAAAAGAACUCGUGAGACACCAUUUUCGCACUGAAAAUACUCAUUUUCAUUUAAAUAACCAUAUUUGGGGUAAAUAUGUAAAUGUGGUAAUUUCCACUUUUUUUUGUUAUACCUCUAUUUGUUGCAUUCAAUCCAGAUCUGAAAAUAAUUUUAAAAUAUUAUUUUUUGAACAAUAAGUUGCUCUGUUUAAUAAUACCUGAUUAUGACCGUAUUUCAACUUUUUUUUAAAAAAAUGUAUUUGCCCAAGAA